UGGCCCCUGACUUCGGCCGGGUUCCGACAGUACGAUGAGUUACCCCACUACGGAGGCAUGGACGGAGUAGGGGUGCCCGCUUCCAUGUACGGAGACCCUCAUGCGCCGCGGCCGAUCCCCCCGGUUCACCACCUGAACCACGGGCCGCCGCUCCACGCCACGCAGCACUACGGAGCGCACGCCCCGCACCCCAAUGUCAUGCCCGCCAGCAUGGGAUCCGCUGUCAACGACGCCUUGAAGCGGGACAAGGACGCGAUCUAUGGGCACCCGUUGUUUCCUCUGUUAGCUCUGGUCUUUGAGAAGUGCGAGCUGGCGACCUGUACUCCCCGGGAACCCGGAGUGGCCGGCGGAGACGUCUGCUCCUCCGACUCCUUCAACGAGGACAUCGCAGUCUUCGCCAAGCAGGUCCGCGCCGAAAAGCCACUUUUCUCCUCCAACCCAGAGCUGGACAAUUUGAUGAUCCAAGCAAUCCAAGUGCUAAGGUUUCAUCUUUUGGAGUUAGAAAAGGUCCACGAACUGUGUGAUAACUUCUGCCACCGGUACAUUAGCUGCUUGAAGGGGAAAAUGCCCAUCGACCUCGUCAUUGACGAAAGAGAUGGCAGCUCCAAAUCAGACCACGAGGAACUUUCAGGCUCCUCCACAAAUCUCGCUGACCAUAACCCUUCCUCUUGGCGAGACCAUGAUGACGCAACUUCCACCCACUCAGCUGGCACCCCAGGGCCCUCCAGUGGGGGCCACGCUUCUCAGAGUGGAGACAACAGCAGCGAACAAGGGGAUGGUUUAGACAACAGUGUAGCUUCACCUGGUACAGGUGACGACGAUGAUCCGGACAAGGACAAAAAACGACAGAAGAAAAGAGGCAUUUUCCCCAAAGUAGCAACAAAUAUCAUGAGAGCAUGGCUCUUCCAGCAUCUCACACAUCCGUACCCUUCCGAAGAGCAGAAGAAGCAGUUAGCGCAAGACACAGGACUUACGAUUCUCCAAGUAAACAACUGGUUUAUUAAUGCCCGGAGGAGAAUAGUACAGCCCAUGAUUGACCAGUCAAAUCGAGCAGGUUUUCUUCUUGAUCCUUCAGUGAGCCAAGGAGCAGCGUAUAGCCCAGAGGGUCAGCCCAUGGGGAGCUUUGUGCUGGACGGUCAGCAGCACAUGGGAAUCCGGCCUGCAGGACCCAUGAGUGGAAUGGGCAUGAACAUGGGCAUGGACGGACAGUGGCACUACAUGUAACCUGCAUCAUGUAAAGCAGUUGCAGAGCAAGGGGGAAGUUUGCAGAGCAUGCCAGGGGACUACGUUUCUCAGGGUGGUCCUAUGGGAAUGAGUAUGGAACAGCCAAGUUACACUCCUCCCCAGAUGACCCCUCACCCUACUCAGUUAAGACAUGGACCCCCCAAUGCAUUCAUAUUUGCCAAGCCAUCCCCACCACCCAGCCAUGAUGAUACACGGAGGAGCCCCGACCCACCCUGGAAUGACUAUGUCAGCACCGAGC